AUGCUAUUCCUACCAUUUUUCAAUUACAAACACAUCACUCCACACAUCACUCACUCCAAGGCAUGUACAACAACUACAAAUGUGGACAGGACACCAUUAACAAACCUAAAUGGUCGAUUGAAAUGUGUACCCUCCAUUAAGGUAACUUCAAGUGAUAAAACAGGGAGCUCUUUUUUUGCUCGUGACUUACAUUCUACAUCCACUAAUUCUAACUCAAUUAGUGGUGAUGUGGGCUACGACUUCUCCCUUCUAUCUGAAGCUACAAGUGACACAACAUUGGACUCCUUCGGUCAUGACUUGGAUCAAAAUGGUAGAUCAACUUCUCAUUCUAACGUCCUUCAAGGAGAUUUAGAAUUAUCUCUUCUCUCUAGAACUACUAGUGAUAUAACUUUGGACUCCUUUGGUCAUGACUUAGAUCAAAAUGGUAGAUCCACCUCUAAUUCUAACAACCUCGGUGGUGAUUUACAGUUGUCCCUCCUAUCUGCAACUACUGGUGAUACAACCGUGAACUCCUAUGGUCAUGACUUUGAUAAGAAUGGUUUUUUUUUGCGGUUUUACGGACUGAGGAAAAAAGAUUUCGGGUACGAUUCGAAAAAGUACCAAUUGUUUGCAACAAACCACAAAAGAGGAAGGUAUUGAAACUUCAGAAGUAAAUAGGUUGUAGCAUUUGUUUGUAUUCCUACAAUAAAUUCGAAAAAUUGAAACAAUA